AUGGCUAAGAGACAUGGUCAUUACCGCGCCAGAGGCACUGGCAGACGUCAAGGAGGUCGUGGAAACUUCAAAAAGGCAAAGAAUAUAAGAAAGCAGGUCUCUAGUCGAAGUAAAAAUGGUGGAUACAACGGAGGCGUUGUCCCCGUGGGAGGAGGAGAUCUAGGUAACGCCGAUAUGAUAGAUGACUACUAUUUUGGACAUAACUAUGGCCAAAACUCGAUGCAUAUGGGUGGAUUCAGACCUGGAAAGCACAAACAGGCUCAGGAAAAUGAGUAUGAAUCAGAUUUACCACGCAGGAAGCGGCCUGUAGAAUUCGUGAAAGCAAAAGAUACGUACGAUCCUUCUCGCGAAUUGAUUGACAAGCUGAAUAAUGCUCGAAAUGAACUCAAGGCUGUGAUUCCACCUGAAAGAUCCUCAGACGAUGGGAAAACACUGGAGGUAGAAACUGAAAAGGUAGCACAAUCAGAAGAAGAAACAGAAGCAGACUCUACUCAGUUUGCGGCGAUCCACGGCUCAACUGCUGAGGGAGAUUUUGAAGGGAAUUCAGAAGAAGACUUGGAAAAAGGCUACGAAGUGCCUGUUAAUAUCCAACAUGAAAACGGAGGGGAAAGAACUUUUGCAGCUGAUAUACCUAAUGAAGAGCUGUUCUUUGUGGAUGAAGCUCCAGAGCUGCCUGCUAAGCUUAAAACUGUAGCUGUUGAUGUCGCUGACGAUAAAGCCAACAAGGCGAUCAAUACAGACUUCGAGCCCACUUUAGUAAUAGGUAAGACGCAGCUUGAGCUAGUCCAAGACCAAGAUGGCUCUACCUCGGUGGUAGUAGCGGGUCAAAAGUCUCACCCUUUCAAGGGCAGAUUAGAGGAAGAAGAAGAGUCAUUGCAUGAUGCAACGACGCAAGGCUUUUAUGAUAGCUGUGAUCCAGAAUCUGACGAUUUUGACGACUUCAGCGAUAAUGACGGUCACCUCAUAGAGAUAGAUCAGGAGAGCAAGGACGGCUACCAGUACACUGUACCAUCAACACGAAGGGAAUCUCCUAUGCUCUCCUCUACUAUCCAAAGUCUUACUUUGAACGAUGAAGGCAGCAAUUCAGAAACGAAAAAUGAUAUCGAUGAUCGCACACCUGCAUUUGGUUUUCUAGAUGAAGAUUUUAUUUUAAACGUCUCUGAUUUGAGCAUCACCAAUAUACGUCUCGGCGCGCAACAAAACUCCUACUACCUCAGCAAUUACCAAUACUUCGGGGAUUUUGAACCAAGGUGGGUCGAUCAAGACGACUUAACAGACUUUGUCCUUGAACUGGGGCUGCCGCAUCAUCGUGUCGGACCCUAUCUGGAAUAUGUUAUGGACUCAAUUAUACCCAAAGAGACAAAGGGAGAUCAGUUGGAAGCCAAGAUUGCCAAAGAAGCAACUAUGUUGGCAAGCGAAACUGAAAGCGCCGAAGAUGAUGUCAGUGAAAAAGCUUUUUGCAUUAGUGACAAUGACGAUGAUGAGCUAGGUGAUGAUCUCGAGGAUUUGGUUGCCUACAGCAUGAAGUAUGAAGCAGUUCGUAAUCAGACGUACGAAACUAAGAGUAUACCGACUAGUGGUAGGGGAGGCAAAAAGAAACUGCUGUUUGAUGAUCAAUUGGACUUAGAUCAAGGUAUAAAAGACGAGCUUCAAGAUAAGCUAUCCACUCGAUCUAAGAAAAAAGCUAGUAAAAGGAAUAGUAAGGAAGAUUAUGUUUCUGAGCAAAAUGGAAAUUCUGAAGAUUUGUUUUUAAAGUACCCCUAUGGAUUCCACGUUGAGAACAUCAAGGACGAAUUUGAGUUUUUUCUUGCUGGCAAUAGGGUCUCAAUGUCUUUUCCACCGCUUGACCCUCAUGGAAACAAAACUGUCGCGAGUUUUGCCGAGGCUUACAAUAUGAAGGGUCGAAAAGUUGGCAAGAGCGGAAAGACACACGUUAUGGUUGAGAAGGUCAAAAAGACUAAAUGGGCGCUUCCGAACUACAACUAUAUAUCUCAGCUGUUGAGACGAAGACCAAUUUUCAUGCGAAUUGACGUUCGUAAACCUCGCGAGGAUCGUUUUCCUUCAGAAAAAUCUUCUGAAAAAGCUAAGUUUCACGUCAAAGAAGGAGAAAUCGUUGGCGAAGACGCCCCAGAGAUUGGAACAGACAAUAUUGGUAGAAGAAUGCUCGAGAAAUUAGGUUGGUCUAGCGGUCAGGGUCUUGGUGCCCAAGGCAAUCAAGGUAUUAGUGAGCCUAUUUUUGCAAAAGUCAAGAAUACUAAGUCUGGUCUACGCCAAAGUGGGUAA